GAAUCCACUGGUAAACUAUAGUAAAAUAAUCACAUGAUCCAGCACGAGUCGCACUCACCGUGUGGUUUCGCGGUCCUCGUGAACAUGAUCGUAUAUCGCUGAUAGAUCUCGAUAGUUUAACAUUUCGGCAAGCAAAAUACAUUCAUUAGAGUAAUGGCAUUUUUAAUAAGCCAAUGUGUAUUCGGAAGCAUGAAGAGAUCGAUACACAAAAUAACGCGACUGAGAUGUACAUUAACGGACAUAAAAUCCGGCGUUGCCGAAAAUAAGAAAUUUUUACCCAGUUUACAACAGUCAUGUAAGUUCACGUCAGAAAGUAACACGCAGUUUGAUAACAAGCGGAUAUCAGAAACUGAAAAAAUUUAUCAAGGUUCUUUGACGACACAAGUCAGAUCAGUUAAAUUCUUUACACUUGUCACCUCGAUCACCGGUAUAAUUUCGCAGCCAAUGCUUUAUGCUAAGAUUGAAGAAAUAGGCGUCACACCUGUAAUUGUUAGCGUUGGAGCAUUCUAUGGGUUCUUUGUACUGAUAUCUCCAUUAUUGAUACACCUGGUAACCAAACGGUAUGUUACUCAAGUAGAAUACAACUCCAAAGAGGAUUACUAUACCGCAUAUACGUACACCUUAUUUCUACGACAAAAAAAGAUUCAGUUUACACCAGACGAUGUUAAGGUCCCAGCAAUUCCAGCCAUGCUGACAACCCUUGUGGUGAAGGACAAUCCAUUGUUCCUAGAUCCAAAAUUGUUCGAGGAUAUAAACCAUUACAAGAGGAUAAUGGGAUAUGAUAAGCCAUUAGAUUUUUCCCUAGAUUCAGAGUCUAAAGAUGAGAAGAAAUAAAGAUAGUAUAUUAUUUA